UAUAAGUCUGCCCAUGCUACACCCAGUUCACCCCGCUCCAAUUCGGACCAAAAACCCAAAAUGAAUCCACCUUCUGCUUGCUGGCACUGCGGUUCAUGGCACUAUGUACGGAACUGCCCAUUUAGGCAGCAUAGAUGCAGGAAGUGUAAAGUCAUCGGUCAUAAAGAUGGCUUUUGCCUACAGAAAAAGCCAAAGCGAUCCAGAAGUGCUAAGAAGCCUGUUCCUAGAUCCAGUACCAAUGCAUUGAGCCUAAUAUCUUCCUGCCAAAGCUCAUCACCAGGUGAGAGGAAAUUUAUUACUCUUAAUAUUAACGGUUAUUUGUGUAGAAUGCAAAUAGAUACUGCAUCUGAUGUCACUAUCCUCUCACGCAAAAAUUGGACCAAAUUGGGCAACCCAAGCCUGCAGCACACAACACAAAAGCCGCGUACAGCAUGUGGUAAUUAUCUUCGUCUGUUAGGACAAUUGGAAUGUAAAGUUGCUUUCCGAGAUUCGUCGUUUACUGGGGUAUGCUAUAUAACGCCAGCUGAUCUAAAUUUACUUGGUUUAGAUUGGUUCGACCAGCUAAAAUUGGCUGAUGUCCCGCUAAAUACCAUAUGCAACCUGGUAUCACAACGACAUGACCCAGAAGACCACGCAGAAUGUUAUCUGACAACCGCAGUUCGUGCAUUACCGGUGUCUGCAACAGACAUACAAAAUGCUUCUAGAAACGACCCCAUCAUCAAGAUGACGAUGAAAUAUGUCACUAAAGGUUGGCCGUCGAAAAAGUUUGAAGGUGACAUCAAGCAACUGUAUCAGCGGCGGAAUUCACUAUGCAUCGUGAACGAUUGUCUCAUGUUUGGUGAAAGAGUAGUG